CAUAUGAGGGCAUGAAUGAAGCUGAAGGACUCAUUCCUUGCUUCUCAUAGUCAACAGAGGAAGAGCUCAGGUUGGCUUGAAAGCAGGAAGAGAUUGCCUGUCUUCCAGCCAAAUCCAGCCUCCAAAAUGAUCCAGGUUCUCUUGGUAAUUAUAUGCUUAGCAGUCUUUCCUUAUCAAGGGAGCUCUAUAAUCCUGGAAUCUGGGAACGUUGAUGAUUAUGAAGUCGUGUAUCCACGAAAAGUCAGUGCAUUGCCCAAAGGAGCCGUUCAGCCAAAGUAUGAAGACACCAUGCAAUAUGAAUUUAAGGUGAAUGGAGAGCCAGUGGUCCUUCGCCUGGAAAAAAAUAGACCAAGCAGAUUCAUCAGAUUGUUGCAUAGACCAGAAGAAUAA